AUGGCUACAAGCAAAGAUGACGAUCCAGAUAGCACCGACGUGACGAACAAAGAAGAAGUCAAGCUGAACGGCGUCGCCAAAACCCUCCUGGUUACUCUGGCAGCCAGAGCCUGUGACUUUCGUGCCCCUACACCUAUUCUCGGUGAUCCAUACGCCCAAGAUAUCCUGGAUCGUCUCGACGUGGAUGUUGCCGAGAUUGCUCCCACCCCUAACCAAUGCGCCAGUAUUGCCCUUCGAACAAGCCAUUUCGACCAAUGGACUUCGCAAUUCCUCCAACGCAAUCCCCAGAGCACAGUCCUUCACCUAGCAUGUGGUUUCGAUAGUCGAAUGCAGAGGGUAAAAUGGGGUGAGAACACUCGCUGGAUCGAUAUCGACCUUCCCGAGGCCAUUGAGCUUCGACGAAAGGUUCAACCAGAAUCGUUGUCCGGCCGCGAUUACUCUCUCCUGGGCGUUGACGUUCUCGACGAGAUCUGGAUGAAAAAUAUGACAACUCACGGUCCCGUCCUCGUCGUGAUGGAGGGAUUACUGUCCUAUCUACCCGAAGAAGACGUGAAACGACUAAUACAACGGCUCUGCCAAACCUUCGUCAGGGGCGAGCUGCUCUUCGAAUGUAUAAAUACGUCAACACUACAAAAUCUAAACCGGCGGAAACCAAUCGAGUCCAUCAACAACACCGGAGCCGAGUUCCACUGGGGCGUGGAUGAACCGCAGUCGUUAGAACUGCUUCAUCCUGGGUUGAAGUUGGUGGGAUCAGUCCGACUGGUAGAGGCCCCGGGCGUUGAGAAGUUUGCGCUUGGGCAUCGGGCUCUCAUGUAUUUACUUUCUUGGAUCCCUGGGGCGCGGGAUUCUGCGAGGUUCUUGCGGUUUGAAUUUGGAGAAUCUGACAGGGAGUAA